AUGAAAUUCUACACAGAAACAACAGUUAACAGAAUGACCAAAAUCAAUGCUAAAUGCGUUAGAUUCGAUGGAGAAGAACCCAAUCUUGGCUUAAAAAUACGUCGUGAUCUUGAUCGUGGUCAAGAUGUUAUGUUCUUCAGUUCCACUUCAAGCUCUUCAGAUUCAAGCUCUGGAUUAUUAUCAUCUUCCUCCGAUACAGAAUCAAAUGUACAGAUGGAAAUCACCAAAUAUGCCAGUGAAAAUAAUCGUUCCUCCAGAGACAAGCAUUCGAGAGACGAAGAAAUAUUCAUCAAACCAAAAUCAAGAGCGAUGAAGCUUUACACCAAUCUCAAAAAGAUGAAGCAACCAAUCUCACCAGGUGGAAAACUCGCAAGUUUUCUCACCUCGCUCUUCAUAAACACGAAGAAAACAAAAACUGUUUCCUCUUAUGAAGAUAUGAAUGCAGAGAGAAAAGUUAAAUCUGGAGAAUCUUCCACUUGUUCUUCAGCUUCUUCGUUUUCGCGUUCUUGUUUGAGUAAAAACUCAUCUACGUCAAGAGAUAAAAGAACAGUACGUUUUUGUCCGGUGAGUGUGAUUGUUGACGAAGAUAAUCGAGUUUGCGGUAACAAAUGUUUGCAUGGAGGAGCAGAUUCAGGUCUAAUGGCAUUGUCUGUGUCAACUGCAUGGAAAAUUGGACGAACAGCGAGUGAGAAGAAAAAAGAAGAAGAGGUUUUGAAUAUGAACAAGAGAGUGGAUGAUGUUUUAAGAGAGUUUCAUCUUAAUCAGAAGCUUUUGAGAGAUUUUUCUAGUAGAAAAAAUAACAAGGAUGAAGAUAAUGAUGUGGCAAGUAGUUCAAGUUCAGAUCUUUUCGAGCUCGAUCACUUAGGUUUUAUUGGAAAUGAUAGGUAUUAUUAUGAGGAUUUGCCUGUGUUUGAAACUACUCAUGUUCGUUCUAAUCGUGCAAUCCGUAUGAUGUAA